AUGUCGAUAUACAAGCCGCUCCGUGACAGCAGAGAACACCCCAAAAUACGACUGCUGAGGCUCUUCCGACUGCUGUCUGACCAGCCCGAUCGCGCUCAGAUACGGCUCCUCAGACUACACCCAGGCGACUUCAACGACCCCAUCGAUUGCGACAUAAAAGUCACCACUUAUGCGAAGUCGAUUAAAAAAUAUGAAGCAAUCUCAUAUUGUUGGGGCAAUGCUGAAGACACAGUUCCGCUUACCUGCAACGGGGUUCGCACUCUCGUCACACGCAAUCUUCAUGACGCCUUGCGACGUUUUCGCCCAGCACGAGGAACCGCCGCAAGAUUACUAUGGGCUGAUGCGCUUUGCAUAAAUCAGAAAGAUUAUGAAGAGAAAGGAAAGCAAGUUGGCAGAAUGGGCGAGGUUUUUGCUAACGCUAGCCGUGUUCUCGUCUGGCUUGGGGGCGAUGUAGACGACACGACAGCCACAGAUACCUUCGCCAUGAUUCGUGAGAUCAACCAGUAUCUUGGCGAGGUCUUUAUACAGUGUCGCCAAAAUUUAAACGCAAUGCCAGUGCUCUCAAAACCUUAUCCGAUCUGCUUGGAAGAAAACAAGUGGCAUGGAGUUGCUGCAUUACUCAAAUCAUCAUGGUUCAGUCGCGUGUGGACGAUACAGGUAAUGGUUUCCAUUCUCGGCAUAUUCAAUUACCUAAUACAUGAGCAGGAGGCAGCUCUGGCUAAGGAAUAUCAGGCUAUUCAGGAAGUGGAAAGUGGUUCGAAAGUCGACCUUUAUCUGCAGACUUUGCAAAAUACGAACCGAUGCUCUUCUCUCAACGCCACAGACGCCCGAGACUACAUAUAUGCUUUUCUGGGAUGUCCUGCAGCGAUUUCAGAUAACAAUCAUCCGUAUCUAGAAGCUGACUAUACGAUAUCCAAAGACGAGCUUUACAAGCGCGUUGCCCGAAUACUUCUCCAUAGUCCAAAAGAAGGUCCAUGGGUGUUACAUGCUGUCCGACAGCAAGAUAGGGAAGAGCUUAUGCGGAGCCGAACAACUUCUUGGGUACCAUCCUGGGGUAAUGCAAGAAGAGUCCCUUUUUUGACAUUGGGUGCCGAUUUUUCUCAUAUGGCUGGAGGCUCAAAAAGUCUGCUCCAAACAGAAGAGCACGAUGGCGCCACACUGUCGAUCCGCGGUCAACUCUUGGACGAAGUAACGUGGAUGUCCGAUAUCAUCGAAUCGGAGAGAUUCCUAAUAGCUCGACAACAGCCCGAACUAGAACCGUACAUCGACAAACUGUGGAACCAGCUAUCAAGACAGAUGGCAGGGAUCGACAAAGUGCUUCACCACAAGGACUUCUUUCUCGCAUUGCUGCGAGGCUUCUAUGGCAGUAGCUCACAUGCAGAGAAGCGGUACGGCGAAUUUUCCCACGCGUAUUUAGAGGCAGUGGGCUCAAAAGUCAUUACCGACGCAUCAAAAGGGAAGGGUGAAAUUGUAUAA